AUGGGGAACCACUUGACAGAGAUGGCGCCCACUGCCUCCUCUUUCUUGCCCCACUUCCAGGCCCUGCAUGUCGUGGUCAUUGGGUUGGACUCUGCUGGAAAGACCUCGCUCCUUUACCGCCUCAAGUUCAAGGAGUUUGUCCAGAGCGUCCCCACCAAAGGCUUCAACACAGAGAAGAUCCGGGUGCCCCUGGGAGGGUCCCGCAGCAUCACCUUCCAAGUGUGGGAUGUUGGGGGGCAAGAGAAGCUGCGGCCCCUGUGGCGCUCCUACACACGUCGGACAGAUGGGCUGGUGUUUGUGGUGGAUGCCACCGAGGCUGAGCGCCUGGAGGAGGCCAAGGUGGAGCUGCACCGAAUCAGCCGGGCUUCGGACAACCAGGGUGUGCCUGUGCUGGUGCUGGCCAACAAGCAGGAUCAGCCUGGGGCACUGAGCGCGGCAGAGGUUGAGAAGAGGCUUGCAGUGCGAGAGCUUGCGGCAGCCACUCUCACCCACGUGCAAGGCUGCAGCGCUGUGGAUGGGCUGGGCUUGCAGCCGGGCCUUGAACGCCUGUACGAGAUGAUCCUCAAGAGGAAGAAGGCAGCCCGGGUAGGCAAGAAGAGACGGUGA